AGAAGACUCUUUGCAAUUCGGUCCGCGCGCUGAGGGGCGCAAACGAGCUCGUGUGUGUGCAAGUGCGAAGUUCCGGAUUUUUUUUCUUCUGCGGCGCAUGUCUGACGGGAUCUCUCUCGUGGGGCUUCGUGCUUCUCGCUUGCUAUGCAGGAAAGUUUUCCGUGGUUUUCAGCCUGCGGUAGCUAAGAAUUUCGGGGGCAGGUUCCUCGCCUCUUCACUUUUGCUUUCCAGUCUUGCUCUCGCGUGUUGAAACACCGCCUUCUCGCCUGCUGGAAAAAUGGCUUCGACGAAGUCUGGCGCACUGCCGCUCUUCUGGUCCGCCGCCGAACUGGCCGCCAACCCCCGGCAAUUUGCAGCUUUUCAGUGGGUCACAGGUUUUGCAGAAUCCCUUACCGUCGGUUCCCCGCGAAAACCUGAAGAAAAUGCAAAUACGGAAGAAAAGCAGGAAGACGGAACCGGCGGCGCCACCUCGCCCGCCGUCUCAAAUCUGAAGUUCAAGGGCUGGGAAAAGGGUCCGAGGAACAGUGCAGCGAAUGCGCGACGAGUGGCGAAGGCUUUCUCUGCAGUUAUUCCAGAGUCUGCGAAACUUCACCUCUUCACCAUGGGCCGCGAAACAGAGGAGCCUGAAUUCGACUCUGCCGCGAUGCGCCUGGAAAUCCCAGGCUUCGGCCUGGUCUCCGGAGGCGUCGACUUGGUCAUUGCCAAAGGCGGCGCCAGCUUGCGCCGGCCUCCCCCGCAUAACGGCUUCACCAUGAUGGACGACGCUCAGGCAGUGAUUGAGUGCGACUUUGACAUCUCGGCGGUCUCACGGAAGCAGCUGCGCCUCCUGUACGUCAAGACAGUUCUUGUUCACCUUCUCAGAGAGAAGCCCGUCCCAGUGUAUCUCACCGAUCUCCAAACAGGCGCGAUCAGGGCGUCGGUUCUGUCGGGGCCUCGGGGUGUACCUAUGGUGAUCUACGAGCGUCUGACUUCCGAAGGCUUCAUCCACGAGUUGCAGCACGGUCACAGAAAGCCUGCGAUGACGGCCAAGACCGUGAGUGCGAUUCGCCGAUUCAAGUACGGCUGGUGCACUGCAGAGAGUCGGACGCGGCCGCCGUUUGCAGUAGAUGGGCGAACGGGCAAGCACGCCGAAGUGAGCGAAACCAGUGGAGGGAACGCGGCUCUCCAAAUGCCCGCGGCUUCCGUCGCGGUGUCGGUCGGUGCGCCGGGAGCGCCUGCAGUCGCUCUUCCUUCUAACUCGGGUCUGAGUGGCGAAGGUGAAGGCAAAGAGGCAUUUGUCACGCCGAAGAAGCGAGGCCGAAAACCGCGGGACCCUUCAGUCUCGCCGGCCGUGACGGACGCAGCGCCUGGAGAGGCGGAGGGCGUCGCGGCUGCAAAAGCCAAGACAGGAAGCGCUGCGCCGAAGCAGAGAGCCGGACCGAAGAAAGCGAAGAUCGACGGGGGUGCGACGCACACAACCGCGACCUCGGCCAAUGGAAAAAGCACCGAAAAUGCCGGCGCUCCAGCUCCGAGCAGCCCCGCGGUGGUGCCAGCGCCGAAAGCGAAAGUUUCAGCCACCACGCGUGCGGCUCACACGGACGCCAAGACCGUUGAAUCCGACUCCGAUUCUUCGGACUCGUCCAGUGACGAGUCUGAGGAAGAAGCGAAGCCAGCUGCAAAGGCUGGGGCAAAGACAGCCGGCGCAGACGCUGCAGGAGCGAGUGCGAAGAGCUCUCCUGCUCAAGACUCGGGCUCCUCAGACAGCGACGACUCCAGCUCCGAUGAAGACUGAGAUCCGCGGUCGACGCAGAGGAGUUGGAAGGCUUUCGCGGGUCAACUUCAGAAAGUUUCAGUGUCAAUAUCGUCGAGUCGGUAAAGGAGCCUGCGAGUUCCGGGGACGCCUCCAGUAGAGUAGUUUCGAAGCGUCUGGGCAAGAGUGGUGCUCGCGAAUUUGUCCAGAGACUGGGAUAAAUGUACACACGUGGAUGAAGGCUCAAGAAAGACACCGAUGGACUUUGAGUUUUGCGCCUGGGUCGACAGGGUGAACUCUGUCGGUUUCUGGGGCAGUCGAGGCCCGCGAUUGUUUCAUUCUGCGGAGAACUCGUGGAUUUCCGCUGUUGCAUCCAAAUCGUCUUUUCUGUGUACUUGUCCGUAGACUGCCGUCCCCUUUUGGCGUGGAGGGUCUGCGGUGGUGGUUGUGCUCGUGGAACACCAAAGUGCCUUCGUUUCUGGUUAUCCCCAGAGCGCAUAGCUCAUCAAUCGACAGAGGGCUUUACCGAUGUUCAUUUUUUGGCGACCAGCUGUGUAACUGCUGCGCAACAGCGAACGGAGAUUCUGUAAACAGGCGCGUCAUUUCGACAUCCCUACUUUUCUUCUGCAUCGGGGAUUCUCAAAAUCGAUUUCGAGGUACACGCGUACCAGCUGUCUGAGAUGUUAUUGUCACGGUUUGCUUCUCAAAGUUGCGGUGUACUUUGGGAGUUUCCCCAAACUGUUCGUAUGCUCCCAGAAUAGCGGUUCAUUCAGUGAAACAAACUGUCAAGUCUGCUUCGGCCUGUGAUCGGGCUUUGCGGCUCGGAUUUUGCCUUCUUAUCGAGAUUUGUUGUUGUCCACCUUGACAGUGCAAGAGUUUCACGACGUUUUUGAGAUGCAGAAGCCAAGAAGGUGCAGGUAUGUACUUCGGUAUAAGCACGGAACGAGUUUUUCUCGUUUGGGAACCACGCCACCAUCGGAGCUUCGGACUGCAGAAUUUGAGUAGGCUUGCUUUGAAAGACUCGUUGUAGAUAUUUGUUGACGCUGCCACAUAGUCAGCAUGUUGCGGGGUUUGAGGAGCAAAGUGGCCUCCGCUGUGAAGGAUAAGCGAACGAAGAAACUAAACAGUUCCUGGUGAGAGCCCCGCUCGGCUGCUGAAAUCGGGAUCCUCGUGUGCUUUGCGGGAAGAGCUGGUCCACACUUCGUAUUCACCGUCGCGCACGGUCCUCCAAAAUUUGACCGUUUAUUUCGCCGGUGUCUCGUUUAAAGAAUGCAGUGUCGAGAAUUUGGCGUCACUUGCGCCUCCACCCCAAGUAGGAGAGAGAAAGAAGACAGAGACAUCCACGUAUGCCCGUUCAGGAGAGAUACCCUCAAAAAAACAUCCUUUUCUUGCCCCGUUCUGCUGUCAAAACACGUUGAACACGUUGAACUGGCGCUCGCGGUGGUUGGGAAGUCAGUAUUCUACGCGCUUCCCUCUGGCUUUGUUCUUUUAUGGAGCCUUCACUCGUUUGUAGCCAUAGUCCGCUGCCCCUUUAGGUGUCCUUAACCGUGUGUGAAGUCAACUGAACUUUGGUGCGAAACCCCAUGUCAGUUUCGAAUGUGGGAAUAAGGCACCACAGCAAUUCCACCACAACAGUAGUGCUCCUCUUGCGUAGGGCGCCUCCUUAAGAAGUUGAGCACAGACGCUCGUUGAUUGCC